AUGGGGAAAGAGCCAGUGGGAAGCCUAGCCAGCACUGGCAAAGUCCUGGGCAAGGAGCUGGAGGAAAGGGACUUUGACAAGGCCCAUGUGGUUCUUGGCUGGUUUCUGGUGCUAAAGAAAGAUGAAGACCUCUUCCGGGAAUGGCUGAAGGACACACGCGGCGCCAACGCCAAGCAGUCCCGGGACUGCUUCGGGUGCCUGUGA